CCAAAUGAUUCAGUGUUUACUGAUUUCACCCCAGCCGUCGAUUAAAGGAUUUGUUUGGCUGGUUUUCAGACUCUCUCUGUUUUCCUCUGCAGCAGCUAAAAUGGGUUUUCAAAAAGGAGCCUGGAAGGAUGGCGGAUCGCGCCGAUUUACGAGGUGAGCUCAAAACGGAGCAGACAGACCAGCCUCAUCUCAACAACGGCCCUUUGAUGGCGGCGCAGAACCCCGGGGACAAGAACGCCGACGAUGGCACGGCUGAACACGUGGAGCAGGAUGCAGAUGACGAAGGGGCAGAGGAUACCGAUGACACCAGCUCUCUAACGUCAUCAGCCAGCUCCACCGCUUCCUCCCAGAGCGGCGGCCUGGGAACCAACCGCAAGAAGAGCAUCCCGCUCUCCAUCCGCAACCUGAAGAGGAAGCACAAAAAGAAGAGGACCAAGUUCUCGCGCGAGGUCAAGAUCGGAGACCGGGUGGCGGUGGAAGUUGUAUUGACGAAGACCACAGCCGACGUGAUGUGGAAGGACGGGCGAGUGGAGCGGGGAAUCAGGUCAAACGACCUCAUCCCCAUUCAACACCUGGACAGCCACGAGUUUUGCCCCGGAGACUUUGUGGUGGACAAACGACGUGAGUUUGAUUUCUCUUCUUCACUAACUUUUGAUUUUUCUGCUUUGCUGCUUUUGAUUUCGGUUCAUUUUUCCGACUGUCAGUCGGUCAGGGGCCGGAAUGGUCACAGCGAGGUAAAGAGACAAGGAACCUCAAUGUUUGAGGGACAUUUCCAAUCUUUGUGGAUCACUAGUGGAAGCUCCGCUCCAGGAGGAACGGUGAACGGAGCAGAGAAGCCCAGCAAGGACGGCGCCCCUCGAGGCUUCAGGGAGCUUAAAGAGGCGCUGAAGAUCCUGGAGAGCUUAAAGAACAUGACUGUGGAGCAGCUGUGGACGGGCGGCUUGCCGACAUCCCCGACGGCGGCUGAGCCGGCCUCCGCCGCCAACGUAGAUAGCUCGGUGACGCCAGCGGCUCCCGAAAAACCCACCAAGGAAAAACGCUUCCUGGACGACAUCAAAAAGCUGCAUGAAAACCUGAGGAGGACGCUGGAGGACGUGGCUAUUGUGGAGGAGGAGAAGAUGGAGGCCGUGGGCAGCGGAGGCGCGGGAAGCGAGGCUGAGAGAAGUGGAGAAGAAAAGCCCCAGCAGGAGCCACAGACACCAGUGGGGGGGCAGGAGUGGCCCAGUGAGCGUCUGAGUGACACACCGGUGCUGUGCCAGCAGAGCGGAGGGAAGCCUGGAGUGACGUUCACCAGCGCCAAGGGAGAAGUGUUCUCAGUGCUGGAGUGGGCACCAGACACUCAUUCAUUUAAGAAAAUGGAGUUCCAGCCAGCAGAGGCCAAGAAGUUUUUCAGCACCGUGAGAAAAGAGAUGGCUCUGCUGGCUACAUCGCUGCCCGAUGGGAUCAUGGUGAAAACAUUUGAGGACCGCAUGGACCUGUUUUCAGCGCUGAUCAAGGGGCCGACUCGGACGCCGUACGAGGACGGUCUCUUCCUGUUCGACAUCCAGCUGCCUAACAUCUACCCGGCCGUCCCGCCGUUGUUCCGCUACCUGUCCCAGUGCAGCGGGCGCCUCAAUCCAAACCUCUACGACAACGGAAAGGUCUGCGUCAGCCUGCUGGGCACCUGGAUCGGCAGGGGAACAGAGAGAUGGACCAGCAAGUCCAGCCUUCUGCAGGUCCUCAUCUCCAUUCAAGGUCUCAUCCUGGUCAACGAGCCGUACUAUAACGAGGCCGGCUUCGACAGCGACCGCGGCCUGCAGGAGGGCUACGAGAACAGCCGCUGCUACAACGAGAUGGCGCUGAUCAAGAUGGUGCAGUCCAUGACGCAGCUCCUGCAGAACCCCGUGGAGGUCUUCAGGCAGGAGAUCCACGAGCACUUUAUGUCCAACGGCUGGCGGCUGGUGCACCGGCUGGAGGCGUGGCUGGAGCUCAACGAUUCCUCCGAGGGCGGCCACCCCUCCGCCAGGAGCCACCACUCCAAGGACGAGCAGCUGCCCCCCGGUUCGCGGCUGGUGGCGGUGGCCCACAGCAGCCCCAGCAAACCCGGCGAGGAGGGGGUGCCGGGAGUUAGCAGUAUUCUGGAGGAGGAGCUGGAGGACUCAGGGCUGAGUCCCUCCACCACAGCGGCUCCUCUGCAGGAGCUGAGCCAGAACUCAGACUGCGAUGGUUCUCAGGGGAGCGCCCCUCCGGGCGGAGAUAAAGCCGCCUCCUUGGGUCCUGGGUCCGUGAUCCGCAGCGUUGCCACAGAUUCAGGUCCCGGCGCAGCUGGCAGCUCCUCGGGGGGCCAGCCUGUGGUGCGACCAAAGAAAAGGAGAAAGAGCUACCGCAGUUUUCUCCCAGAGGGCAGCGGAUACCCAGACCUGGGCUUUCCGCUCUUCCCGCUCUCCAAGGGCUUCGUGAAGAGCGUCAAAGGCGUCCUGCAGCAGUACCGCGCCGCACUGGCCGCCGCCGGCGUCCCUGAGCGCCCAGAGGACAAUUACGCCUCAGAUGAGUGAUGCCUAACACCCCCUCCCCCCCUCCUCCUCUGAGAGCAGGUCAGACCAACCAGAGCUGCUCUGACUGACCUUUCACUGCAGCUCUCUGUAGCACCAUCAUGGAGGACGCCGCCGUCCCGCCUGGGAACAGAACGCGCAGCGUUCGCCGGAUGGAAGCCGCCUGCCAAACUUUCCCAGGAGAAAAAACUGCCAGCCGAUGCCGCUUUCCUCGCCCUCACGUUUACACACGCACCUCCUUCGCGGGGACGCCUCCUCCUGCAGGAGUGAAAACCCAGGAGUGCAGGAGCUUCAUGCUUUGGUUUUAGGGGUGUUUUAUUUUUUGUUUGGUUUGUUUUUUUUCUUGAAGCUAAAGUUUUCUGAUGGAGCUGAUCUGUUCAUCAUCUCACGUCGACACAUCGCCUUACUUGAAUAGUUCCUGACGACCUCAGAGCCGCCGGUGUCGCCGCCACUCAAACGUAAAAUCUUCCCGCUGCAUUUCCUCAGUGUUUGAUUCGCCGUCUAAGACUCGUCGCUUUGCUGCAGAAUGUGUUGAGGACUCACCUGUGGGUGCUUCCUGUGGGGGGGCAUCAGCAGUCUUUGUUUACAUCUUUUUGGAUGACAUCUUCCAUCGGACUCGUAACCUCCCCCCCUCCCCUGUGAUCAGUAAGGAACCGCGCUCGCUAUGACCCGACCAGAGAGCGACGGCCCUCUGAUGACAUACUUGAAAAACGGACUUUGAUGCUGAAAAGUGUUUUUGAUAAAGAGCACACUGUGCCAUUCUGGACCUCCUAGAAGAACUACGAGCUGCUGCGUUUUAAAGCGAAUAAAAAAAGAUGAAUGAUUGAGUGUUUUUGUUUUUUCCUGUGUGGUUUUUUUCCCUCAGUGUCCCUUAAACCCCCCCCCCCCCUCCAUGUGUCCUUGUCCUCUCAGGAUCUGACUUUAUCCUUGGUCUGCCUGUAACGCUGAGCGAGCGGCCAUAUUGGAGCCUUUCUUUCCUUUCUCCAUCGCUGCCGAUCAUAUCAAAGGAAAAAAAAACAUCUAGAAAAGCUGGAUCUAGACUUUUCAACCUCCACCAAACAGAAAAUGUGAAGCCGGCAGAACAUGCAGCCUGUGAAGACUUUAACCCAUUCUUCUUAUUUUCCCUGCAAGCAGUUUGAUUUUUCCAGCCAAAGCAUGUUAACAUGUUGCUUUAAGGCCCUUUUUUUCAAACGGGCUCCACCAAGAACUCGACUGUACGAUGUCUGCAUUUCCACAGUGGCCUGUUGA